CUGCACAAAUGAUGCGCAUAAAUGUGAUGACUAAUCAAAAACAUCAAUGCCGACAUAAAUAACUAACAAGCUAACAAGUUUCACGACCCAACCGACCAAGCAUCUAAAUACCAUGACCCAGAUUCCCAGAGUUCUCAGCCUCUGUCGCAGACAGGUUGUCAUACCAUCCAAACAGCUCAUCUCUCUACAGGCCCGACACAACUACAUUUACAGAUCCAUGAUGACCACGCCGUCCGCGGACCGCUACAAGCUCAUCUUCUUCGUACCCCACCCCUCCCUCGAAGCCUGCAAAGAGGCCGUCUUCGCUACUGGUGCCGGUACAUUUCCAGGAGGGAAAUAUAGCAAAGCGUGUUUCCAAUCUCCCGGGAUUGGGCAGUUUCUUCCUGGCGAGGGCGCGAAUCCGAACAUAGGCGCGGUGGGCACUGUUGAGAGUGUCGAGGAGAUGAAGGUGGAGAUACUUUGCGUUGGGAGAAAGACGAUGCUUGAUGCUGUCCAGGCUUUGUUGAAGGCACAUCCGUACGAGGAGCCUGCUUAUGAGGUCUAUAAACUUGAGAACGUCUGAGGUCAUGGAUGGCCUGGGGGUUUCGGUCCGUAUCGACUGAAUAGGGGCCUUUUUUUUUUCAUGGGAGGGAUCUGAAUCCCAUCUGCAUUAUUCGACACGAGCGUAUUACAGCAGGAUUUGAGUGAUAUGGGAUCCCAACGUAUCAUAAUGACGGGAUGAUGAACGCUGGUGGAAGGGGACUAUCUAUACACGGAGCUCUUUCGAUCAGGGGGGGAUGUAGUUGCAACAACAAUCCUUUUGGCUUCAUCGUAUAAUGUAAUGAGACAUACGAGAUAUUGAUACUUGAUUCGUUUUCGUACCAUAUAAUCAUAGUUUAGCCAUGUAAGUGUAAUGUCAGAUACGUCUUUCAGAUAGAUCAGGAUCAGAGGAGACUCAGGAGAGGAACUCUCAUAAUUAU